AUGAAACGAUGGAGGCAUGGUCGAGGUGGAGGCUGGAUCAAGGUGGAGGUUGGGUCGAGGUGGAGAUUGGGUCGAGGUGGAGGUUGGAUCAAGGUGGAGGUUGGGUCGAGGUGGAGGUUGGGUCGAGGCGGAGGCUGGAUCAAGGUGGAGGUUGGGUCGAGGUGGAGGCUGGAUCAAGGUGGGAGGUUGGGUCGAGGUGGAGGCUGGAUCAAGGUGGAGGUUGGAUCGAGGUGGGAGAGUUGGAUCGAGGUGGAGGCUGGAUCAAGGUGGAGUGGGAUGGGGUCGGAGGGUGGAGGCUGGAUCAAGGUGGAGGUUGGAUCGAGGUGGAUUAGGUGGGGUGGAGGUGGAGCUGGAUCAAGGGUGGAGGUCAGUGGAGGCUGGUGGAGGUUGGGUCUGGAGGUGGAGGUUGGAGUUGGGUCGAGGUGGAGGCUGGAUCAAGGUCAAGGUGGGGAGGUUGGGUCGACUGUGGAGGCUGGAUCAAAGGUGGAGGUUGGGUCGAGGUGGAGGCUGGAUCAAGGAGGGUCAAGGUGGAGGUGUCGAGGUGGAGGUCGGGAGUGGAGGCUGGAUCAAGGUGGAGGUUGGUAG